CACUCUCAUUAGCUGUAAGUACUUCCUGGUUACCUCACAGGAUCCUCCCCCUCACAUUUCCUGUAAGUACUUACCUCAUAGGACCCUCACUCUCUCAUUUGUUCUACUGUACAAGUAAUGAAAGAAAGAUGUCUCGGAGCUCCGUGAUCCCGCGCCAGACAGUGAGACCCCCGUGUGAGCAAUUUCACCACAUUACAACCAGAUCGACACUAUUGUUAAAUACUUAGAAUCCCUUUAAAAUGUCAGCGGGAAUCUCCGGAGACGCAGCAAAUGUCAUGGCGGAGAAACUGUCUGUUUUAAGAGAAAAUGUGAGAGCCGCGCUUCACCCAAGUGUCAGCUUCUUAAAGGGGAGACUAGUGACUUGUAAAACAGAAAGUCUCCUCGCUGAGAAUAAAGUGCGGCUACACUCACUGGAGGCCAUGGAGGGAGACGUUGGGAGCCUGGAGGGGCAGCCAUGGGAAGGCUCCUUCAAUGACCCUCUGGAUAAUGGAGACCCCUCAGGUUGGGCCGUUUGCUGCACAUUCAUAAAACCAACAGACCUUUCAUUUCGGCAGGUUCAACGGUCUGAGGAAAACGACGUCCCAACCAAUUCCCCUAAACAGGUUUUUCACGAGCGCUGGGAAUGGAUUUGGCACAGACUGAAAGCUUGGCGCACCGCUGACCUUCAAAGCUUCCGACUGCUCCAAAUGAAAGUUUUAUGGAGAAUCUGUUUGAUAUCAGGGCGAGAGUUGGGGGGCAAAGAGAAAAGCCCAAAAGCACUCAAAACAGUUCUCCUUUGGGUCGGCAACCUGAGGAUCUGCUCCCCUCUACCUGAAACCAUUGUAUCCACUCGAGCGCAGACAGAUUGCUGGAUUUCUGCUCCGAAACGCAACAUUUAACAUUGCACCCCAAAAUCCACCUGCAGACAAGGGGAGCAGCGGGGAAGUAGAUACUCUGUAUCAUCUGGCCCUAGCAUUAAGUAAAGAACCCCUUCCUAUGCUGA